GGGCUUCCUGUUUCUAAYUGGCUCAACCAAUCACAUGCAAGUUUUUUGUGUACACAUGAAUCAUCCCAGGAGGUGUGAUCGAAGAAUACUUGGUCCGUGYAACACAUGUGAGUUUUCUUGCUAGAUUUUAUACAUUUAAUGACCCAUGGCUGAAAGCAACGAGGUAAAAAUAAAAGAUCUCUUUAGCAAAUACGAGAAAGAUGGUUGUGUGGACCAGGCUGCAUUAACCUCGUUAAUCAAAAAUGAAUUCAAGGGAGACAUCGAUGUUGACGAGAACCAAAUCGAAACCAUUUUGAUGUUGCUUGAUCAAGAAGGAAACAGAAGCGUUACAUUUGACCAGUUUUACAAAUGGUAUUGCAGAGAUGAUAAGCUAGAAGCUGUGAAGAAUGACUUUACGUGUCGUUUGAUUCAAAARGCAGUCCAAACCUUCAAAACAUUCGACAAGAAUGACAACGGCACCAUCGAAAGGGACGAGCUGCAACAUUUGUUGAAGUCUCUCAGCUUCGAUGCAAAGCGACAACAGAAUGCCUUCGAGACUUUGGACAAGGACAAGAACGGCAAAAUUUCUUUUCCAGAGUUUUUAAGCUGGUUGAAUUUGCUGCCCUCUUUGGAGUGA